AUGGAAUAUUAUUCGCAUUCUCAUGUUGACACGCGGAUUAUAUGGAGUCCUGAUCUUUCUUUCUUUCUUUCUUUCUUUCUUUCUUUCUUUCUUAAUUUUUUUGUUUGCUUCUUUCUUUCUUUCUUUCUUUCUUUCUUUCUUUCUUUCUUUCUUUCUUUCUUUUCUUUUCUUUCUUUCUUCAUAACUUUAUUCGCCCUUUGUUUGCUUCUUUCUUUCUUUCUUUUUCUUUCUUUCUUUCUUUCUUUUCUUUUCUUUUCUUUCUUUCUUCAUAACUCUAUUCGCCCUUUGUUUGCUUCUUUCUUUCUUUCUUUUUCUUUCUUUUCUUUCUUUCUUUCUUUCUUUCUUUCUUUCUUUCUUAAUUUUGCUUCUUCUUUCUUUCUUUUUACAUCAUUCUGCGAAUUUAUUUUUAUGUUUUAUUCUUUUCACUUUCUUUCUUGUUUCUUUCUAAACUCGUUCAUUUAUUUUACAUUUUCUCUACCCUUAUUCUCUUCCUUCUUUUCCACAUCUCCAUCUUUUAUCAUUUCCGUUCAAUCAUUUAUUUUCACAUUAUCCCUGGAAAGCAAGAAAUUCAUUGUAAUUUUCUCAGCUAAAUCCAACUAA